UGCCCAGACUUGGCUACUUGGCUGCGUGAAAUGUGGAGCAGGACCCCGAGUGGUUUUGACCAUAAAGAUGAGGUUAUGCGCUGCGCUGCAUUUCUUUGUUCGUUUGUUGCAGGGGUGUUAAAAUGCACUGCGCUGUCGCCGUUCCUUGACUUGCGUAGUUGACUUGCGUAGUUGGAGAGAAAGGGGCAAAAUGCCACUGCCACUCCGUCCGCUGCAGCUUCUCCAGGCGGUGUUGGCGGUAUGUGUAUUUGUUGCCUUGUUUCAUUCGGGGAGGACCACCACACAACAAGUCGAACAAAGACCAGCAUUCGAACAGAAACUCGCCCACCACCUCCACCUCCCACCAGAACCAGAACCAGAACCAGAAUCAGCCCAGAAACUCGAGCAUGAAGAAAGGGACAUGAUCAUCCCACGAACCAUCCACCAUCUCCUCCUCGCCAUGCCCAACCACCCCGUCACCAGCUUCCAUCCCACCGCCCACACCCUCUCGUGGCUGCACUCCGGCUGGAAAGUCGAGUACUGGUCGGAGGAGGCGUGCGUGCAGCUGGCGCGCGAGGUGGACGCGGAGGGACGGUAUGCGGCGGUCUUGCGGGGUUUGCCGUCGGCGGUGCUGGUGUCGGACUUUUGUCGGUAUUUGAUUCUUUUGGUGCGCGGCGGGGUGUACAAUGAUUUGGAUGUGCGGUUGGUGAGGGAAUUGCCGUGGGAGGUGAUGUUCCACUCACCAGGAUUUGGAGAGGAGGUGGAGGAGGAGGAGGAGGGAGGAUCGAGGGGGUUAUCUGAUGGACCACCUAGGGCGAAGGAAAUGGAGAUGGAGAUGGAGAUGGCAUCGCCCCCCGCCGUCAUCAUUGGCCUCGAAGGCGACACCUCGACCCCAGGUCUCCCACGGCCCCCGCAGUUCGUGCAAUGGACGAUGGUCGCCGCGCCAGGCCAUCCCAUCUUCGCCGGGGUCUUGCGCCGCAUCGUCGAAACCACCGAAGAAUACACCCGUCAGGCUGCACACAACCCCGCAGCGGUCGCGCCGGAUAUCAUGGCCUGGACGGGCCCCGGAGUGUGGACGGAGGCGGUGCUGGAGUAUCUCGAUGUCGACGAGGGGAUGUUGCACACCCUCCGCAAUCUGCAGCAUACAAUCCGCAUUAAAGACGUGGUCGUCCUGCCGAAACGCGGGUUCGCGAUCACGCAGGGCGAGGAUCAUAGUUCGCCAGAGGUCUUGGUCAAGCAUUAUUUUGCUGGGACGUGGAAGACCGCGGAGUGUCGGGUUUGGUGGCGGUGGGUUGGAUGGUGUUGAUUAACUUAUGCAUACUACCUUACUAUGGGGGGAGUCUGGCGUUGUUUGUUUGGCCUGGGGUUUGGCCUGGGGUUGGCCUGGGGUUUGGCCUGGGUUGGGUGUAAGUACAUAUUGCAUCUCUCAGGAGGGUUCCUACAGCAGGGCUCGCUCUCUGGCUGCAUAAUUGAUCGG